ACGACGCUGCAGACGCUUGCCCUUAAACUUGCAUGCCAGAGUCUCAUUCACGGGUUUCAUUCAAAUACUGCGGAUUAAUUUCCUUCAUCUAGUAAAUACAACAAGGACGAGAUGUCUUUGGCGGCGGAGGCCUUUGUGUCACAGAUGGCGGCUGCCGAGCCGUGGCCUGAGAGUGCGACCUUGUACCAGCCGCUGCGAGAAGACCAGAUUCUGCUGUCAGACUGCGCCUCGUCUCUGGCUGUGCAGACCUACCUGCGGAUGUGUGGUCUGCCUGUGCAGGUGGUCUGCAGGGCCAAUGCUGAAUACAUGUCGCCCUCUGGCAAGAUUCCAUUUAUCCAUGUGGGGAACCAGGUGGUGUCAGAGCUCAGCCCCAUCGUUCAGUUCACUAAAGCCAAAGGUCACUCACUGAGUGACAGCCUGGAUGACGUCCAGAGGGCAGAAAUGAAGGCGUAUAUGGAGCUGGUCAAUAACAUGCUGCUCACUGCUGAGCUGUACAUCCAGUGGUGUGACGAUGCAACAGCGGCUGAGAUUUCUCGUCCCAGGUACGCCAGUCCCUACUCGUGGCCCCUCGGCAGCGUCCUGGCAUACCAGAAGCAGUGGGAGGUCCGCAGAAAGAUGAAUGCCAUCGGCUGGGGAGUCAAGACCCUGGGGCAGGUUUAUGAGGACGUGAGUCAGUGCUGCCAGGCUCUGUCACAGCGGCUGGGAACCCAGCCGUACUUCUUCAAUAAACAACCCACAGAACUGGACGCGCUGGUGUUCGGUCACCUCUUCACCAUCCUGACCACCAGGCUGACCAGUACGGAGCUGGCAGAGAGGAUCAAAGGCUACAGCAACCUGCUGUCAUUCUGCAGACGCAUCGAACAGACCUACUUCGAGGAGAAGAGCUCGUGAAGGAGCCGCCGCUCCACCAUGUACAUAUCUGCCUCCCGCCGUCAUUCCCUCGUCACGCCACAGAGGAGGAACUUUCACACCGCUUCUCCUUUAUUUAUUUGUCCUCUGCUGUGUACAUUAGUGCUGCUCCAAGUGGCCAGAGUUUGGUACUGCACGUGAAUGACAGAAAGUCAUGUUCACUGCAGUUUCAAGACCAUGUUUUACGACCAAGUGCCACAAAAGGGAGCAGAAAGAACCCAAAGUGAGCAAACUGAUGCUCAGCACGAGCAAUUCUGAUCUGCCCUUCUACUGAAGUAUAUGUUUUCAACUAUUAAUUACUGCCUUUUUUUGAUCACAUGACAUUUCCAAAACAAUUUGUUGACUCACUAAAAGAAUUGAGUGAAAACACUGAUGUGGUUCAGUACAACUGUGUGAAUGUGAAAGUGCCUGCUGAAUAAAAGGAAUGAAACCAAAAA